AUGCGACAAACUGGAAGUUUUCAGCCGUUCUUCUUGCGUGGAAAAGUAGUGCAUGGCAAAGGUCGGGGAGGUUCACAACUUGGUUUUCCAACCGCUAACAUUGGUCUCGAUAAAGAUGUUAUGGAGUGCUUGCAACCGUACAAAAACCUUGUGGUUUAUGGAUGGGGAACUGUUUCACAGGUCCCCGGAAAAGAGCGAGAGAGUUUCGGUCCUUAUCCAUUUGCCGCCUCUAUAGGAUUCAACAUGCAAUUUGAUGAAAAAACACUUACCGUUGAGCCAUAUUUUUUGCAUGAAUUUGGUUGGGACUUCUACGGUGCCGUUGUGAAGAUAAUUGUGCUUGGGGAAAUCCGAAGCAUGGGUUCUUUUCAUUCACUGCAGGCGCUAGUAGAUACUAUAAAAAGUGAUGUCCAAUUUACACGGGACAUGUUGCAAAAACCGCAACUUCAAGAGUUCUCGCGUCACUCAUUGUUUGAGUCACCCUCUUCCACCAUUCCGUACUUCGAGGAUCUACCCGAUGAGUGA